AUGGGUCUCGAAGAUCUGCUGACUGGUCGCACGAUCUUAGCACCACAACUCUAUUUGGUACCACUGAACAAUUCAUUCCCAGUUGAUGGACCCCUACCAGCCAACAGCUACUACGUGACAGGAUCACCCCAGCAAUGGCAUAAUGAAGGUGCUUUCUUUCAAGAUGCGGAGGAAACCAUACUGUACAAUUUCGGUGGAUAUACAGACGACGAGCAACAACCUAUCAAUGCUCUAAACACCUACAACGUCACCUCCAGUGAAUGGUCUAAUGUCACUGUCUCUGGUGGCGACUUCAAUUACGCGGGACGAGCAGCAACCUCUCAUGCUAGAAGUCUAGGCACAUCAGAAGCUCUCAGCUUUGUAACAGGAGGCUGGGACGAUGUAGGUGGAAUGAUUCGGUUCAACGCCUCAGACCCUGCCAACCCACAAUGGCAAAACGAAACAGACAACAAUCCACCUCUUACUCUCGAAGGAAGUAUGCAAUUCAUCCGUCUGGGUCCAAAGGGCUCGCUGAUCCAUUUUGGUGGUUAUAACAAAGACUACAUCAACCCAAAUUACACAGGCUGGUCAUUCGACCGCAGAUCACUCGCACAGAUCAGCGUUUAUGAUAUCGACUCCGCGACCUGGUUUAAUGUGACUGCUAGCGGCGAUAUCCCGAGCGAUCGAUCUGCCUUCUGUAGCGUGGUUUCCUCUGCUCCGGAUGAUAGCAGCUUCCAAAUAACCAUCUAUGGUGGCUGGGACCUUUUUGGUGCGCGCUCCUUUGCAGACACUUACGUCCUUUCUAUCCCCGCCUUUCAAUGGAUCAACGUGACAGAUUCCUCUCACCCGGAUGCGCACCUCUCAGCUGGUAACGAUUUCUCAGGAAGAGACCACCACCGCUGCGUAGCAUACAAAGAACGGCAAAUGCUCGUCCUGGGGGGCAUACUUCGAAUCGAAAGAGAACAACAAAACAGUGGCGGCUGUAACAGAAGCCUCCCAGCUCUCCGGGCUCUCGACCUGACCACCUUCCAGUGGAGCGACAGAUGGAACGGAAGCCCGGAGCCAUAUUCGGUCCCAGACGCAGUCACUCGCAUCAUUGGGGGCAACGGUGGUGGCGGAGCAACAAUGAAACAACCGAACGGCGGUUUCAAUGAUUCUGCCCUGAACUCCGUAUUCGCUGCUGUUGCAGCUCGAUAUACACCCAUCGCAACGCGCCAGUCCGACCCCGGCGGAUCUUCGCCGAUUUCCAAUGGUGGUUACAGCCCAGCACGAAGAACAAACAGAGGCGCCAUAGCCGGCUGGGUGGUGGGCGGAAUCGCCCUUCUCGCUCUCAUUCUCGCGGUCGUCUUCAUGCUCAUACGCAGGCGCAAACGGGGUGGAAAAGCAUCGCCGCUGCACCACCCUCCACAGCACGCGUGGGAUGACAAACCACAAGAGAUGAGCAACGAUACACAGACUCGGCAUUUCCGGCCGGGUGUUUACUAUAAGCCGGUGACGCAGGAGAUGGAUGGCGGCUACCGGGGCAGCGAGGUGACGAGUGAUACGAGUGAUCCGAGGAGACCGGUUGGUGAAUUGCCUGGGUAA